CUAGUUGCUUGCGAAGCACAAUGCUGACUUGCACCGCUGACGAGGCCAAGGCUCAAUUUCAAGCUUUAUCAAGAGUAGUCGGACAAAGGGCGCGGCGUUUGCGUUGUGCCUCCUUUACCACCACCUUUUCUGGAUUAAUCGGCUGACAUCCAGAUCUCUGCUUUGCCACCAUGUUGGGCCGCACCCUGCACCAUGCCCUGCGCCAGGCGCUGGCCCCAAGCCAGGCGCGCCAGUUCACUGCCUCAGCCCCUGUUGCCGGCUGGUGGCACGAUGUUCCCCAGGCGCCAAAGGAUCCAAUUCUGGGAGUCACGGAAGCAUUCUUGGCGGACAAGGACCCAAACAAGAUGAACCUUGGUGUUGGGGCCUAUCGUGAUGACAAGGGCAAGCCCGUCGUGCUCGACUGUGUGCGAAAGGCGGAGGAACAGAUUGCUGGGCAGCUUUUCAUGGAGUACAGUCCAAUGGCGGGAUCUGCAGACUUCAACAGCCAUGCCAUCAAGUUGGCCUAUGGGGAGGACAGCCCUCUGAUCAAGGACGGUCAUGUUGCUGCGGUGCAGACUUUGUCUGGAACUGGAGCGUGCCGCUUGUUUGGCGACUUCAUCCACCAGUAUUAUCCGGACAGCGGAAUGCUUUUGCCGACUCCGACUUGGAGCAACCAUCUUGGCAUCUUCAAGGAUGCGAAUGUGAAGACCACCAACAUCCGCUACUACGACCCCAAGACCAAGGGCCUCGACUUCAAGGGCUUCGUGGAGGAUCUCAAGGCUGCUCCCAAAAAGUCCUUCGUCCUCUUCCACGCUUGUGCACACAACCCAACUGGCGUUGAUCCUACGCCCGAACAGUGGAAGGAGAUCUCGGCAGUUGUGAAGGAGAAGCAGCAGUACCCGCUGUUCGACAUGGCGUACCAGGGCUUCGCCAGCGGCGACACGGAGCGCGACGCGGCGUCCAUCCGCAUCUUCCUGGAGGACGGCCACCAGGUGGCGGUCAGCCAGAGCUUCGCCAAGAACAUGGGCCUCUACGGACAGCGCAUCGGAUGCCUCAGCGUGGUGACGGAGAACCCGCAGGAGACGACGGCGGUGCGCGGGCAGAUCCAGCUGGUGGCGCGCAAGCAGUACAGCAACCCGCCCAUCCACGGCGCGCUGCUCGUCACGCGCGUCCUCAGCAGCCCCGACCUCAAGCAGCUCUGGUACAAGGAGGUCCAGGGCAUGGCGGACCGGAUCAUCUCGAUGCGCCACUCGCUGCGCAGCAACCUGGAGGCGGCGGGCUCCAAGCUGCCGUGGAACCACAUCACGGACCAGAUUGGCAUGUUCUGCUUCACGGGCAUCACCCCCGAGCAGGUGGACCGCCUCACGCACGAGCACCACAUCUACCUCACACGCAACGGACGCAUCAGCAUUGCUGGCAUCAACACUGGGAACGUUGAACGGCUCGCACACGCGCUGCACGAAGUCACCAAGUAGAGGACGAACACUCGAUUUUUGCAGCAUAGAGUUGCUCGAGUAGGGGAGCUGAAGACGUAGCGCAAACGUCUUUCGGCUGAGCUUAUCAGUAGGCGUAGUGCAUGCACCUUUCGAAAUAAGACCUUAAGGAGACCCUCUCGACAGGCCUUUCAAGGAAUUUUGACAAAUUCUUGCAAUCAUCUUGUCACAAAGACAUUCAGUGUAAGGAGCCGCUGCAUGCUGAUCAUAUGAUCGAGUCAAGGCCGGCCGGUGCUGGCGGCCGCCAAAAGCACAGCCCUGUUUCGAAAUAUACGGUGGGCCGAUAAGCAUGCCAAGGCCGGUGUUAAAGUGAGCGGGGGUUCGCCUGUGCAUAAGACGGCGGCCGAUGGCCCGGCGGACGCACCGUCUCCAGAUGAGGUCUGCCAGUGGGCAUUUGGCUGCAGUAUGUAUAGGUGCGCCAAGUCAACAAGCUUUACCAACUUCAUUGUAUUGUGAUCUCAAAUCACGCCAGAAGGGGCGGGAGUGACGAUUACUUUACACUUACAUUCAGUUUUCGUACGUUUGUUUGAGG